CUUGCCUGGCUGCGCGCGCGUGUCCGCCUGGGCUAGGGAACUUUGAGGGGCUCAGAGUGCGGGGCGCGCAAAGCGGGACUGCGCUACAGCUGCGCGGGGCGAACAUGGCGGGGCCGCGGGCGCUGUUUCUCCUGGGCUUCCUCGUGCCCGCGCUCCUUCUCCCAGAGGCCGCCAAAAUCCUGACCGUGUCCUCACUGGGUGGAAGCCAUUAUCUGCUGUUUGAUCGGGUGUCUCAGAUCCUUCAAGAUCAUGGCCAUAAUGUCACCAUGCUUCAUUUUGGAAGACAGUUUAUGAACCUAAAAUUAGAAAUGAAAAAAACAUCAUACCAAGUUAUCAGUUGGCAUGUACAUGAAGAUCAUGAGAAAGACAUGAAGAAAUACUUUGAUUUCGUAAUGACAGAAGCUCUGCACGGCAGAGAUGCACAUGAGAACUUUGUAAAGGCAAUGGAACAACUGGGGACUCGAUGCAGUCAUUUGCUAAGGAGAAGUGAUAUCAUGCAUUCUUUAAAAAAUGAGAACUUUGACCUGGUGUUUGUUGAAGCACUUGACUUCUGUUCUUUCCUGCUUGCUGAGAAGCUUGGGAAACCAUUUGUGUCCCUUCUUCCCUCCCCAUUUGGCUCUGCAGACUUUGGGUUGCCAAGCCCCUUGUCUUAUGUGCCAGUAUUCAAAUCCUUGCUAACCGACCGCAUGGACUUCUGGGGUCGAGUGAAGAAUUUUCUGAUGCUCUUUGAUUUCUCCAUGAAGAACUGGAAAAUCUACUCUACGUUUGACAACACCAUCAGGGAGCAUUUUCCUGAAGGCUCUAGACCAGUUUUGUCUCAUCUUCAAAAGAAAGCAGAGCUGUGGUUUGUAAACUCUGACUUUGCCUUUGAAUUUGCUCGGCCCCUGCUUCCCAACACUGUGUAUGUCGGAGGCUUAACGGCCAAACCCGUUAAACCACUGCCACCAGAAUUUGAGCAUUUCAUUGCCAAGUUUGGUGACUCUGGCUUUGUCCUGGUGGCCCUGGGCUCCAUGGUGAGCACCUAUCAGUCCCAGGAGUCUCUCAGGGAGAUGAACAGUGCCUUUACUCGUCUUUCCCAAGGGGUGAUAUGGUCAUGUAAGUCUCUUCAUUGGCCCAAGGACAUCCAGUUGGCAACAAAUGUGAAAAUCGUGGACUGGCUUCCUCAGAACGACCUAUUGGCUCACCCUCGCAUCCGUCUUUUUGUCACCCAUGGUGGGUUGAAUAGCAUAAUGGAGGCCAUCCAACAUGGCGUGCCUAUGGUGGGGAUUCCUGUCCUUUCAGACCAGCAUGAAAAUGUGGUCCGAAUAGAAGUCAAAAAUUUAGGUGUCUCCCUGCAGUUAAAGCAGCUGAAGGCUGAGAUGUUGGCUCUGAAGAUGAAGCAAGUCAUAGAAGACAAGAGGUACAAAUCAGCAGCGGUGGCUGCCAGCAUCAUCAGGCGCUCCCACCCCCUGACCCCUGCCCAGCGGCUGGUGGGCUGGACCGACCACAUCCUCCAGACAGGGGGUGCAGCGCACCUCAAGCCCUACGCCUUGCAGCAGCCGUGGCACGAGCAGUACCUGCUAGACGUCUUCUUGUUCCUGCUGUUGGUCACCCUGGUUGCCGUGUGGCUCUGUGGGAAGCUGCUGGGCACGGCAGCCAGGUGGCUGUGUGGGUCCAGGAAGCUGAAGGAGGCCUGAGGCCACGUGCAACCUGUGGAGGGAGGGUUGGGAGACAGUGGCUCUUAGAAGGUUUCACCGGCAUGGGCCGCCCCUGGUGUCCUUUUCUCACAGCCACAUAACAGUGGCCAGAAAAUUGCUCCUCACUAUUCUGCCUCUGUUUAGACAGCCUUUGAAGCACUGCUGGGAUUUUUUUUUAAUUGCGGUAAAAUAGACAUCACAUACAAGCUUCCUUUUUUAUCAUUAAAUACACAUUUCAGUGA